AUGGCAGCAAUGACAGAGACAAAAAUUAUAAUGAAAAUGGUAGCGAAAGUAGUAGCGAAGAUAGCAAACAUUGCAAAAAUAGCGAAGAUGACAAAGAUAGUGAAAAUAGCAAAGACAGCAACAAUGGCGAAGAUAGCAAAAAUGGCAAAGAUAGUACCAAUGAAAGCACCAAUAUAGGCACCAAUGAAGGCACCAAUGAAGAUACUAAUGAAAUCUUUAUAAGGCUAGAAAUGCAAAAGUUGGCUAAAAUACUUCACAGUGCUGAAAAAGCUUUAAAUUGA